UUGUAGAAAAAGAAAACGUCAAAUAAACGUUAUACGCACGUCAUCGCGCUGUAUGGCGGUGGCAUCAGACGCCGAUUUUGAUGUCAUAAUAAAAUGGCAGCAGGUCCAAUUGCAGAAAGAAAUCAAGAUGCUACAAUAUACGUCGGAGGACUCGAUGAUAGGGUCUCGGAGAGCUUGCUGUGGGAGCUCUUCGUUCAGUCCGGGCCGGUUGUGAAUGUGCACAUGCCCAAAGAUCGUGUCACACAGACACAUCAAGGAUAUGGAUUUGUGGAGUUUAUGGGAGAGGAAGAUGCUGAUUAUGCCAUCAAGGUUAUGAACAUGAUAAAACUUUACGGAAAGCCAGUCAGAGUAAAUAAAGCAUCGGCCCAUCAGAAGAACCUGGAUGUUGGUGCCAAUGUAUUCAUCGGUAACUUGGACCCGGAGGUUGAUGAGAAACUGCUUUAUGACACCUUCUCUGCUUUUGGGGUCAUUCUACAAACGCCUAAGGUGAUGCGAGACCCAGAGACGGGCAACUCCAAAGCGUUCGCAUUUAUAAACUUCGCGUCGUUCGAGGCUUCGGAUGCGGCCAUUGAGGCUAUGAACAACCAGUACCUCUGUAACAGGCCUAUCUCUGUGUCUUACGCGUUCAAAAAGGAUGUUAAAGGGGAGAGGCACGGAUCCGCCGCUGAGAGGCUCCUGGCCGCCCAGAACCCGCUGUCCCACGCGGACCGGCCGCACCAGCUGUUCGCGGACGCGCCGCCGCAGCUGCUGGCCGGCGCGCUGCUGCCGCCGCCCUCGCCGCUGCCGCCGCCCGGCCCGCCGCUGCAGCGCCCGCCGCCGCCGCUGCCCAUGCAGGCGCCGCCGCCGCCGCCCAUGGCGCCGCCAGGUCCGCCGCCGCCGCCCGGGCCGCCUCCGUUCCACCACUUCCCGCCGCCGCCGUUCGGGCCGCCCGGCUUCGGCCCGCCGCCGCCGCCCGGCGCGCGCGCGCCGCCGCCCUGGCGCCCGCCGCCGCCCUCCUUCCGCCCGCAGUUCCCGCCCCCCCCGCCGCCCUUCGCGCACCCCUCCUUCCCGCACCCGCACCCCCACCACCCGCCGGAGCCUAAUUAUAAUUAUUAGUUUAUUAGUCAAUACAUUUGUACUGUAA